AUGGCUCAAUAUUCUCAAAAUACUAGUUGGAAACGUGUGGAUCGUUCUGAAUCAAAUCCUAAAGAACAUCAAGCUCAUAGAGCAUGGUCAUCAUCAAAAGACGAUGAAAGUAAUCAAUAUUCAUGGUGCAAAUUUGAUGAAAAAGCAAGAAACUUUCAAAAAAAUAUGGAAAAAGUACAAAAGGAGCUCAUCAAUGAUCUUAUGAAAUUAUCUUCAUCAUCUACACCAGUGGUUUUUAAUACUAAUCCAAACAUUGAUUUUCUACUCGAUGAACCAGUAUUGAUUGCUAAUAGUGAACCAUUAUUUGAUAUUAUAAAUGGAAAAGAAGAUAUUAAUAACAUGGCGUUUCGUUUAUCUUGUCAAUCAAUUGCUAUGCUUAAUAAGAUUGAAAAAUUGGUGAAUGAUACAGGUCUUCCAUUUAACAAUAAAUUUCGUCUUGAACUUCGACCUGCAUCAUUUUAUAAUAAAGAUAUUGAACAUCAGUCAUGGGAAUUGAGAAUGAACGUUGAUCCAGUUACUUGGUUUGAUUUACAAUGGCGUCAAUGUGGUGAUAUUGAAGAAAAUCAACGUCAAUGUCUUGCAAAAGCACGUUCGUACAUUAAAAAAUAUCGUUCGUUUGUUCCUGAUCAGAUAUCACCUAAAUCAUUAUACAAAGCAAUCACAGCUCCUCCUUACUGUGGAAACCAAUUAGCGUGUAGCAACACAAAUCUUUCUCAUUCAAAACAUGUAAAUAUUAUAUGCAGAGCUAUAGCAACGGGGCAAAGAGAUGAUGGAGAUCGUCAAUGUGGUCAAUACCUGAUGGAUGAAUAUAUUGUGAUGGAAUGGCCUGUAACACCAAUUAUGCAAUUAUUGGAAGAUGAAACAUGUAACUUGGUGGAACAACAAAUGGACGAAAAUUUCAAUAUAAAUCAAUUACGUUUUAUUUUUUCGGUGAAUCGAGAAAUUAUUCGUGAUCUCAUUAUCUUUCCUAUGCCACCAUGGCAUUUAUCAAAUAGACAAUUAAUUCAGUCACCUCUAUUUUGGGCUACUGCAAUAAUUUCAAGUAAAAUGUUACAUCGUCAAUUACAACAAAAAUUAUUAUCUGAAGAACAAAUGUGGCCAGUUGAAGCUAUUGCAAUUAAUUUUGGUGAAUGGGAGACUACUGGAUCUUACGAUAAACGACAUAUUGAUUAUCAUGCUCAUGCACAUUUGUUGCUUACUUUAUCUUUUAGUACUGCAUGUGAUGAUACAUUUUUUCGGACACUUAAAGGUCGAGUAAUGCAACCACCAAAUUAUCUACGACAAAAUACGAAAUUAUUACACUUCGAGAGAUUACAAAAUCAUGAAUUUGACUCGAAGCAAAUGGCUGAACUAUCUACACGAUUGACUAGUGUAGAGAAAAAACAAGAUUUAAUGAAUAAUGAUUUACAAAGUGUAAAAACUAAUGUAGUGGAAGUGAAAGAUUUGUUGAACAACUUAUUUGGUUAUUUAAAAAAGAUGCUUGGAACAUCUACAAAAGCCACAUGA